AUGCACUUCUCAAAGACAUACUCGCAACUGCUGCUCACAUUACCGCCAGAGCUACGUGAAAACGCCAUACAGUACCGCCAACUCAAGAAACUUAUCAAUCAACUGGUCCAAGAGCUCUCUUCUCUUGGUCUCAGUCCGAUUGUGCUCCAACAAUUACUAGAACAACAGAAUCCUGCCAGUUUGACCGCCCAGAUCGAGGGAAUACGACAGCAGUGUGAUCGAGUCUCUGACAGCGAUGACUCGGAUGACCACCAACUGCACGCCACUGUGGUCUACGAGUUUACUGGGACAUCCUCUCAUAUUGAACCUCGUCUCCGGCUCUCAGUCAAGUAUCCAACAGACGCUACGGAUGUUGCAUCUAGCUCUUCAGCUUCAUUCCCGAGCUCUAGAAACCAAUACGGCCCUGGUAGAUAUCUGCUACUCAUCCAAGAAGUACAACCCAGCACCCACGAUCUUAUCAUACCAUUACAGUCUGAUACCGCGUUCUUUCAGCUAUUGAACACCGCCCUUGCAUCACUCGCUGAACACCUUAAUACUGUGCAUGGCGGUUUCACAUCCACGCUACAAAGUCUGGCGUAUGCUAUUAGUACGACAGCACGUCCCACCUCCUCGUCAGCACCUCGUUCCUUUUCGGCUUAUUCAAUGGCCGUCAGUAAUGCUGCUACAUUACGACCCCGCUCUGGCAGUCGAAAUACGGAUCUAUACUCAUGGAGGGAGAUAUUCCAGAUGUAUGUUGAAGGUGAAAUCUUUGAGAGUUUCGGGGAGAGAACUCAGACUCGGAUGAAGCGGUUCGAAGCACGCAUGCAGGAGAAGAGAAGCAAGCUCAAGCUGGCUGGAAGCAAGGACGCGCUGGAUAUUUUCAUGCGGAUGAACUUUUUUAUCUUGGAUUUGAAGAGGUUCCAAUUCGCGAAUGCCGAGGCGACACGCAAGAUUCUAAAGAAGCAUACGAAGCGGACCGCAUUACCCCUUCCUUCCCAUCUUCUUUCACUUUGGAACGGACCAUUGCCGGCGCCUCCACCGUCGGCGGAGUUGGCUUUGUUCCCUCAACCUUCAACACCUUUGUCUCGACUUCUCGUGCAAGCUAUUGGCGAAACUCUACUUCCAAUUGUGCCUCACGUCGACGAUUAUUCGUGUCUUAUCUGUACCAGUCUCGCGUUCAAGCCAAUCAGACUUGGUUGUGGUCAUUUAUUUUGCGUAAGAUGUCUAGUAAAGCUUCAAAAGCUCGGGAAAGCGAAUUGCCCUAUUUGCAGGGCCCCUACGGUGCUAAAGGCCGACCAUACUAACGUUGAUUAUGCUCUCUUGAACUUUAUGGCUGACUGGUUCCCCCUGGAGUCGCGUGCGAAGCUGAGUACUAAUGAGCGCGAGGCAGCAAGGGAGGAGAUUGAGGAGCUUGGGUUUUCUGUAGGAUGUCGAGUGAUGUAAAUCAUAACCGGGACGAGGGUCUUGUCUAGACAGUUUGGAUUUGGGUUCUAGAGGUGCGUUAUGAUACGCUAUUUUUAUCGGAAUGUGAUACCUUGUAGGACUGCGUAUAUUUCGGACGUGGUUAAAUUAUGUUUUCUAUUUAAGCAGAAAGAUAAUGAAGGGGUGCUUGCGAUGAUAAGAGACGACAGGUGCCAUGUUUUAUUCAGACUCUCCAACAACAUCCUCCAUGAUUUCUUCUUGCCAGUUUCGGCGCAAGGCAUCCAGGAAAUCUUGCACGCCAUCACCUUCCAGGAAGCUAGUGAGGUUCAUGAGGGAGAGACCGAUUCGAUGAUCUGUCACGCGAUCUUGCGCAUAAUUGUACGUUCGAAUCUUCUCGCUGCGGUCCGCGGUGCGCACCAGAUUCCGGCGAGUAGCUCGGCGGCUUGCAAUGUCUUGUGAAAGUUUUACAUCCAUUAGGCGAGCGCGAAGGACUUGGAAAGCACGACGCUUGUUCUGUU